GAAUCGGGACUCGCGACGGGCUGCCGUCCCCGCCCUCAGUCCUCCCCUUUUGAGGACCGGACUUCCCUUCUCGGAAGGAGCGUCUGCCGCCCACAGGGCCGCCACCGGGUUCUUAAGGGACUCCAGGUUUCUCUGCUAACCAAGAAGAUCCCCCGCCCCCGGGGCAGGCAAAGCUGAGGCGCAGGGCCGGUAUCCUACUCGUCCAGCCCAGAAAUCGCCCGGGAGGCAUGGGCGACAAGACUUGGCUGCCCUUCCCCGUGUUCCUUCUGGCCGCUCUGCCGCCCGUGCUGCUGCCGGGGGCGGCCGGCUUCACUCCCUCCUUAGACAGCGACUUCACCUUCACCCUUCCUGCCGGCCGGAAGGAGUGUUUCUACCAGCCCAUGCCCCUGAAGGCCUCGCUGGAGAUCGAGUACCAAGUUUUAGAUGGAGCAGGAUUAGAUAUUGAUUUUCAUCUUGCCUCUCCAGAAGGCAAAACCUUAGUUUUUGAACAACGAAAAUCAGAUGGAGUUCACACUGUGGAGACGGAAGAUGGUGACUACAUGUUCUGCUUUGACAAUACAUUUAGCACUAUUUCUGAGAAGGAAUCCAUUAACAACAUCAAGUCCAGACUAAGCAAAAGUGGCCAUAUCCAGACACUGCUCAGAGCAUUUGAAGCUCGCGAUCGAAACAUACAGGAAAGCAACUUUGAUCGAGUCAAUUUCUGGUCUGUUGUUAAUUUAGUGGUGAUGGUGGUUGUGUCAGCCAUUCAAGUUUAUAUGCUGAAGAGUCUGUUUGAUGAUAAGAGGAAAAGUAGAACUUAAAACUGCAAGCAAGAGUACAGAGCAUUGGAAAAAAGAAUGGUAAAAUACAAUAAACUGUUACAGUCAAAAGACCCAUUAUCGUGCAGAAUGCUUUCAAGCAUUAUCAUUCAGUGUGAAACAAGUAUUCUUUUAAUGUGAAAGGGAAAUCUACUUUCUGCGUGAGUAAUCAUACCCGUCUAGUUGUACUUAAGUAUACAAGGGGAAUCUUGAGUCAAACAUAACUAAAUGAAGCCAUAGGAAUAACUGAAGAUUUCUAAUACUAUGUGUGUCUUAAGUAACUGGACACCAGGCUUAUACGCAAUCCCAAACAAUCUGCUUUUCAGAAGUUCUCUUGGGGCAGGCAUUAGUGUGGCAGUGAAUAGAUACCUCCUUGGACGCCUUCCUCCCAUUAGGCUGUCCUUGCAUUCUAGUCCCAGCUCUGCUCCCUGCUGAUAGUCUGAUAGCUUGGAAUGGUUCUGGUUGUUGGGUCGUUGCCACUUAAGUGGAGACCCAGAUUGAGUACCUGACCCUUGGCCGUAGCCUGGGCUGUUGUAAGUGAACCAGCAGGUGGGCAGUAGGCCUCUGUCACUCUGUCUUCCAAAUUAGUUAUAUAUCUUUGCAAUAUAUAAAAUCUCAGCCAACUGAGAAUUACCUAAUUAUGGAUUAAAUAUAUCAGUUUUCCUGUUUACAUCUUUUCUAUAGCUAAAAAUAUUUUGAGAUUUUUUUCUAACCAAAUGCUCAUAUAUUUCAACGUAACAUGUUAUAGAAAAUAUAUUUAGCCCACAUUUCCUGAAAUUAACAUCUUGGUAUUUCUUUUUUACAAAUGUAGUCAGACUUCAAUAAAGCCAAGACACAUCUUUGCUUUGAAGUAAAUAAAUGAUCAGGCUCGAAAAUAAAAUGAAAUAAAACUAUUUAACAACAUCUAGAAUCUGAUAGAGAUCACAGGCGGCUAAUUUCUUAUAUCAACUGGAAGAAGCCAUCUGGCUGUGGGUUUAGCUUUCUAUAGUUACUGUUUUGAAUGUUUUCCAAGUAUUGUGGUAUUUUUUAUAAAUGUAAGACCUACUGACAGGUUUAGCACUGGGUGUACAUAUGUAUUACAAUUUUUAUUAUAAAUGUCAAAGUGGCCUUUAUAAUCAUUUUACAUAAUAGUCCCAAGUUACAAGCACCCAAUACAUGAGUAGUAACCUAUAUAUACUAGUCUGCCAUGUAAGUUUUUUGCAGUCUAUAGAGCCUUACUCAUUUUUCAUUGUGAAUGAAAUAAUUUUCAAUAUAUAACAUUUCUCAUGUUGUUUGUAACAAAUGUACUGGCAGAAACAAUCCAUGUACACUUUAUAUGUAGAGCCCAUCUGUACUGUGAGAGAGAAACUGCCAUAUCAUUUACAGUCUACACUCAGAGUGGUACAGUAAGCAAUGUUUCCCUCUGGCCCUAGGCAAAAGAGCUUAGAUUUGGAUACUCAGAGACCUUUUUUAGAAGGAUGUAAACGCCAUAAUCAAUUCCUUAAAUAAGAAAGUUUCAAGUGUCUAAUGGUGAAAACCCAGUAACAUAUCCAGAACAAGGGCCAGUAAAAACCCUGUCCAUAAAGAGCCCUCCCCUUUCCCUGUCAGUUCAGUUCAUAAUAAGCAUACUUAUAGUACCCUAAUAAAGUGGUUAUAAACUGAGAUUUCCUAUAAAACUGUGAUUAAGGAUUCUACCUCUUAUGUAUGGCUGUUUACUACUCUGAUUUCUUUCCUAAUACUGAAUUUGCUACCUAAUCACUCACAUGAGUCUGUGCCACUGAUUAGAAGCAAGCCUCUGGUUCAAUAACUUAUUACUCUAUUUAAAAAAAAAUGACUAUUUGGAAAACAAAUUUCAAAAUAUUGCCAAUUUUAUUUUUAUAGCUAGAAAGUAGGAUACUUAAGCAUGUUACUUUUUAAGAAAAAUAAAUUUGUAAACAGAA